AAAUACGAUUACAGAUACUGUUGGUGUUUGGACGAUUAACGAUUAUAUUGCGUUGUGUUUUUCUUCUGGAAAAUAAAAUAAUAUCAGAAAAGAAAAGUGAAGAAUUGUAUAAAAAAAGUGAAAAGCACAUCUAACAGUGCAUGGUGCUGCUGUAAACAACCAAAUAACUAACAAAUUGGGAGAAAAUUGCAGCAGCAUUGACUUCCGCUGGGUAACUCUUGCAUCAAACUGAAUAUAAACGGGCGUAGUGAGUCGGAGCCGCGGCGCCACCCACACAGGCAGCAGCAGUCCUUUGUGCAUAUGGGUGGAAAUAGCGCAGCUGCCAAUGUGAGCGCUUUUAGCGCUGGCGGCUACAUUGGACCGACCACAACCUUGGGUGCCGCCGGUGGCAGUGAUUUGAUACCAGGCCCAAUUGGAACUGGAACUGCAGGGAGCAGCACAGUUCUUUAUACAUAUGGGGGCACAACUUGGGAAGAGUUUUGUGAUCGGCAUGCGCGAGCUGCAGCUAGCGACUUUGCAAAGGCGUGUAUUAACUACAUCAAUGGGAACUUGCCGCCGGACGUGGCUCGCAAUAUACCACAUCAAAGUUUUUCCCAAAAGUUUGUCGAAAACUUCUCGGAGUACUACGAAAGCGAGUACGUUAGACAGCUCUACAACUUAAAGACAGACUCAUUAUAUAAUGCCAGCGGCGGCGGUGCCGGUAAUUUUGAUACGGAGGAGCACGAAGUGUCGCGCCUGUUUCCCAAAUCGCUGCUACGUCGCCUCUCUUUUAAAGGCCUUCGGAAGGGCAAGAAACUUUUAUUUUUGCAGGGUUUCUUUCACAAGAACUCGGACGACGUUGACGGUGUUGGCAGCAGCAAGCACAGCAACAAAACCAAACUGGCUAAAAUAGUAGUGGAGUGCCGCAAGGAGGGCAUUGUUAACAAUUUGACAGCCGAGAGCUUAGACCAGACAACGGGCACACAAAAAUGGGAGAAAUGCCGCCUUGCACUUGUCAAGGCCGUGGGCGGCUACAUGCUUGAAUUCUACACGCCCCCGAGAUCCACAAAACCUCGAAGCGGCGUCUUCUGCUUUCUUAUUUCGGAGGCACGUGAAACAACCACACUGGAGAUGCCAGACAGAAUGAACACGUUUGUGCUGAAGGCCGAUAACAACAUGGAAUACGUAAUCGAAGCAGACAGCGCCGAGGACAUGCGCAGCUGGUUGGCUACAAUACGCUAUUGCAUGCGCACACCACCAACUCAGCAACCUAUUCUGGAUUCAGACGUCAUUGCGGCAGCUAUGCAAACUUCGCCGGUGACAACAAACCCGAAUCCAACAACAAGUUCAGCUAGUGGUGCAUUGGGCGGCAUACAAAAUCCCCAAUAUCAGCAGCAAGGUGGCUCUCUGCUGGGUGGCUCCAAUGGCAAUCUGGUCAAUUCACAGUCAGCUGACAGCGCUUUGGCCGCUGCAUCAGCCGGGAACAGUAACGCGAAUGCAGCGUCCGCCAACGAUUUAAAUGCCAUUUCCCAGACUAGUAAUGAACUGAGUAGCACUCCGCCCGAAAUACCCUCGAGACCGACACGUGGUGAGCGGGGGGAGCAGCGGUUGUCCGCCUCCAGCAAUUUCGAUGGCAAUGAACUGGUGGAAACUGAAACUGAUAUAAAUGUGGUGGAUUUAACAGCGGAGAUGCGACUGUUUCCAUGGUUCCACGGCACGUUACCGCGCGCUGAAGCCGCACGCAUGGUGCUGCAGUCGGAGGCAGCGGGCCAUGGCUACUUUCUCGUCCGCCAAAGCGAAACACGGCGUGGCGAGUUUGUGCUCACAUUCAAUUUUCAAGGACGUGCCAAGCAUCUGCGACUGACAAUCUCCGAAAAGGGCCAGUGCCGAGUGCAGCAUCUAUGGUUCCCCACAAUUCAAGAGAUGCUCGAACAUUUUCGACAUAAUCCUAUACCACUCGAAUCGGGUGGCACAUCGGAUGUGACGCUCACUGAUUGGGUGCAUCACACGAGCAGACUGAAUGAUAACACUCCCAUAACAACAAUUUCCGCUACUGCGCAUGAGCCGGGCACCGAUGCGAGCACUGGAACGGGCAACAUUGCUAGCAGCUCUGGCAAUAGCAAUGGACAUCCAUCGCCGAGACAUUGCAACGAAGUGAUCACCAUGAAUCUAAGUGUUCGCCUAAAGACAAAUGAAAUCGAACUGCCACAGGAGCCAACACACGUUUUUUUUCCGGAGCAAGUCUACUUCCAUUUGGAUCCCACAUCGCUGACCGUACACAAUUCUCCGCCAAGUAGUCAAGGAUUUCUCGAUCAGCCGCAUCUACGCGCAUCCAAUGCUUCACUGCAGGCAGCCCAUCAGGGCGUUGGUACAACGCGACAUGCGGGUGAUGCGGGCCCCAGCGGUAGUAGCGGUGGUGUGCCUGGCAGCAGCGGCAGUAGCGGUGCAACAUCAGGAGCCGAGUGCACCGGACGCGCCAUUGAUAAUCAGUAUAGCUUUACUUAAGCGAAUGUAUUGAUUUUGAACUUCUUGCGCGGAUUUAUUUUUGUGCCAUUGCGUAGCGGCGGCAGCGAAACAAUUUUUGUAUUUCUUUUGUUUAUUUCUAUCUUUUGUAUCAUUUUUUGUGUUAGCAAACAAAAUUGUAUCUGUGUAUGUUUUCAUUAUCUUGUUUCUAUUAGUUUUAGAGCCUUUUGGAAGACAUGAAGUAACUGAAUAAUACGAUUAUGAUUGUAUACAUUAAUUAGCUAAAUAUGUGUGUUCAUUUUAAGUAAUUAUGUAAGUGUUGUAUGUAUAACAAAAAGAAAAUCGUAAAACAAAAAUGUAAAAUUUGUGGCGCCAAAGGUGCAACUCUUGAGAAUCCUAAAA